AUGCAAGCCAAGACUCCGACCCAUUGAGCGCGGCGGGCGGAGGCCGCGGCAACUGCAGCAGCGCUGCAAGACAUCCCCACUGCACCGUCGCACGGCACGAAACGUUUCAAGACGCGAAACCGCAUUAGUUGCAAAAUAUGAAAAAAGGCCUCUCCCAGAUCCUCCUGGUAGCGGCCGCGCUUGGCACUACGAAUGCGUUCACGCCUGCGACGCGCAGCGCCGCGGUCGCGGGCGUCGCGCUAGAGCGGGCGGCGGGCUUCGAGGUCGUCGCGCACGGCCUCGUCGCGCUCAUGGCGUUCGGCGCCGUGUGGAAAUCAAAUUUCGGGCGCCCCACGCCGUCGACGCGGCGUGCUUCCGUAGCUGCGUCUGCGCGAUGGCGUGGCGAUGCCACGCCAUCGACGCUUGUCGCCGUGACAACCUAUCUCACUGGUUGUUUUGCACACAGGUCGCCGAAGCGCGCCGACCACCUCGCGUCGACCGACGACCCCAUCGACGAGUGCGUCGCCGUCCUGGCCAACGGCGAGGAGCCCGACGAGGAGAUGCUCGCCAAGUGCCAGGACAUUGCCAGGGCGGAGUUCGCGAACCAGGCGACGUUGGAAGAUGAGAACUCCUACUAGAAGUAUAACCUUAUGACAUGUGACUCACACAACAUUUGCGCGCCGCGUCGACGGCGUCGGGCAGCUCAAACAUGACCUCCACGCCAUCGACGCGACGCCAGCUCGACGGC